UGUACGUAAGCCGUCAACUGCUCAGGCGAGUAAGCGCUGUGCACGCGUGACGGCGGCUAAGCUGAAGGAGAACCAGAGGUGUCUGGGUUCCGAUAGGCCAGUGUUGCAAAAGGACAGAGAACUACGUAAUGCUGGACAACUGAAACGAACGUGGGUUCAUCCACAAAUGUGGAAAACUAAUUGUAGACCGCUGCUGAUCAGCAGAUGGAAAGUGUUCAACUCGGCGAUUGCCCACAGCACACAGCGUAAGAUCGACAAAGAGGGGUAUCAUGGAUGUGGACGGACGGUGCCUGAGAUUUGUGAUCUGUGCAUCCCUCAGAUGCCCGACCACGAAAAGCUCUUAGGUAAGGAAAUGAGUUCUCCCCCUAUCUUCUCCAUUUGCUACCCUGAGAUUCUGCCUAACAGCGUAAAUGGGAAUUCAGCAAUCGGAACGGGGUCGAGGUUCCGGAGCAUAUGCAACUCCGGUACGAACCCACCCAACGUGGUAACACAGUGGUUGCAAUCACCACUUAUCAUCAGUAAUCCUUACAAGUCAAACUUGUACUUGUGCAACAUGCCUCUGAUGCAUGUAGCUACGUGGUUAAACCAUACCGCUGGGUCCAUCCGGAACGUUUCAGCAUUUGUAGAGGGACUAGUCCUUGCAUUGCAUCAUUCCUCAUCGUGGCCAGGCGUGCGCAGGUUACAAUGAUGCGCUCAGUG